AUGGUUGUUUCACCAAAAAAUACUACCACUACUACCACCACUACUACCACCACCUCAACAACAACUUCUUCAUUAACACCAAACUCACCAGUUUCAACAACAUCACCAGCAUCAACAUCAUCUAGAACCAGUGCAAGAUCCCCUUCAAGCACACUAUCUCCAAACCUUAGAAUGGAUGAUCUAGAUAUUGAAAGCGAUGAUAGUGAUAUAGACUAUAAUGGUGAUAUUUAUGGUGAUAGUGACGAAGAAUUGAUUUUAGUUGAAGAGGAAGAGGAAGAAGAAGAGGAAGAAGAAGAAGUUGAAAAAGUCGUUAAAAGAAAGAAAGGCAGACCAAAGGGACCAAAACCAGAUAGCUGCUUCAUUUGCAGAAUCCAACAUACUCCAGAAUGGAGGAAAGGAUGGGUUGAAAUAGAUGGAGUCAAAACCAAAGUUGAUAUGUGUAAUGCUUGUGGAUUACACAACUCAAAACAAAGAAAAAAAGAAGAAAAAUUUAAAAAAGAAAACAACAUUAAAAAACUUUUAAAUGAUGAUUAA